GCACUGGAUUGUUGUAGAAGACGGAGCUUCGACUGUGGAAGUCAUUCAUCGGUUGCUUUAUCGAAGUCGAAUUCCACAUAUUUACUUAGCUACGACGUCCGCGCCGGGAAUGCCAAGUUUAGUCGGCGCAGCUUGGGUAGAAGCUCCUCGGGUAGGUGAAAAUGGCCGAGUAAAAGCCUGGGAUGUGGUGUUUGCGCGUCGUCGAGAGUUUGCAGUGGAUAUGGCUGGUUUUGCCCUGCAUGUCAAGGAGAUUUUCAGGGUUCGGAAUGCAACAUUCGGAAGCAAGUGUGCGAGGAUAUAUGGAGUGGGUCCCGAGUCAUGUUUUCUCAAGCAAUUUGGUUUCAAAAAAGAAGACGCGGAACCUUUUGGACAUGACGAAAGCCCUAAAGAUAUUCUCGUUUGGCAUACGCAAACCAGGAGAUUCAAAGGAUCAGGACCCUCUCGGGGUUUCGUCAUUGAAAUUUAG